AUGGCUCCCGGCGUUGAUAUAGUGGCGUCAGCCUGCACGGCCGUAUAUGUUGUGGCGACUGUCAUGCCACUCAAACAUGAUGCUGGGGUGUCCGCUCCAGAACAUAGUACACGUCAGCUAUUUGAGGCUUUUGCGCAGGCUCUAGCUGCUUUCUCUUCUGCUCGUCAGUCGUCGAAUACUCUAGGCCUUGGCCUUGGCGGAGCCAAAUAUACCGAGACUGUCGCGAUUGUCAGGUCAUCGGCGACGAGCAUCUGCCUUUCACACUUCUGCUUUCGCUUCCACGGAUGGAGACAUUAUUCCACACUAUCAGACCUCUUGGUGGGCUCAAUGCUGAGUAUCAUCCUGUUGUUCCUCGGGCACACUUGGAGCCGUCUUCCACCAGAAUGUACAGCACCUCUUCGCAUCGCAUAUGCCCUCCAGCGGAGUGGUGCUGUAUAUGGUCAUGACGACAGACCAUACACAGUACUGAACAGGUCAACGAUCCGUUACACACGGCUGCUGCCGGAGGCUCAACUCUAUCUGCGGCAGACUGAAGGAUUUCUUCGCUUGAUAUUCCUUCAUGCGGAGCUCGCGGGCAGAUCAUCCUCGGACGAAUGCUGCUGCGACGUGCUUUCGUCAACGGCUUUACGCCCUCCGGGCUCAGCCAUCAUGAUCCCCAUUAAGCCAUUAGAACAGCCGACUCCGACUCCUGCCUUACAAAUCUGGCAUGAACUGGGCCACGGAAGACUGCCAUUUACUAGAUACGUCCGUCCUAUUUUAGCCUUGGCAUUUACACCGCCCUACCGAAGCGAUCCAUGGAAGGAUUCUUACGCACGCAUACCACACGUCCUGAAUCCUGCAAGAGAAUUUAACACGAGACAAGCAUCAUGCUCUACGCAGGACCUGGUACCUCUCGUAAAUUUCCCUCCUUACGCGCCCAAGACUGUGGAUGUUCUUCUUCACGACAAUGCGAAGCAAGUCUGGGAUUGGCAAGGCUGGGUUUGCGAACAUGCGGUCAAGUCUAUCGAUGCUUGCGCCACACGGCGAUUGACUUAUAUGUCGUGGCUGGCCACGAACAUCACGAGUGUCUCCUUGGCAAUGCGGCCUCAUAAUUAUGAAGCAUUUCCGAACGUCUUGCGUGAUGCUCGGGCGCAGCAAGUCACCAUUCCGCACACUUAA